AUGCUUGGUACUGGCAUAAGAGGUGAUAAGCAUAAUGCUGACCCAAAUCUGCUUUGUGAGAAUUUAAUUAUUCCUUAUAAGAAAGAUGGUAUUCUUAUAAAACAAGUUGGCGAUUCUGCCUUUAGAUAUCAUACUCGCCUAAAAACUCUUUACAUUCCUAAUACUAUAGAAUAUCUCGGCUAUGAUUGUUUCGGCUAUAUUCCAUCUUUGGAAAGCACUAUUUUUGAAGAAAGAUCCAAUACAGCUCUCAUAUUCGGACAAGGCAUAUUUGCUGGAUUUAAUAUAAAGAUAGUUAGACUUCCUAGCAUAAUAUUAUCUGUAGAUCCUCAUGUUUUUGGUUGGUCAAAUAUUGAGAAAAUUAUUUAUUGCGGGAUGGAUUUUGUGAAUGCAAGUUGGUUUUCUGAUAUUCGACCUCCUUUGAUUUAUGCCCAUUCCCUUUAUCCAUAUGAUAGCUUUGGUCGAGAUUCGAAUUUGACAUUUACAAAUGAGUGUGGAGUAUAUAUGAAGAGUGUUUAUUAUUCAAUGCCUCAUAUGUCUUGUUUAUUCAUUAGAAUUCCAUUUUCAAUGCAGCUUAUUAUUUUUCUCAGCUAA